CUCUUACGUAACAAAAGCGUUGGCUCGAGGUCUUCCCUCCUCGCUCCUCCUCUCUCGCCCCCGCCCCUCCCGGCCUGCCCGGGCCCGGCGGCCGCAUGGCGGAGCCCGCCGUGGCCCGCGUGCUCGGCGCGGCGACCCUGUUCGGUCGCCUGGGCCUCCCCGACGAGAGCGCCGACCCGGGCGCCGUGCGGCAGCAGUACCGCAAGCUGGCCCUCCUGGUGCACCCCGACAAGUGCACGGCGCAGGGCGCCAAAGAGGCGUUCCAGGCCCUCAGCGAGGCCUUCGAGCGGCUGUCGAGCCCGGCGGGGCAGGCCGCCCACCUGCUGGAGGUGGCGCGCGGGCGGCCAGCUCCCGCCGCGGGGCGCGGGGAGGCGUGGGGCGGGGCGCGGGCGGAGGGCGCGCAGGCGCGCUGGUGGGACACGAGGACCUGGGAGGAGUUCGAGGAGAGGCUCAGGCACCGCGACCGGGCCGAGGCCGCGCUGCGCAGGCAGUUCGCGGGCCGCGUGGCCGCGCGGCUCGCGGGCCGGCGGCUGCGCGGGCAGGUGCGGGCCGCCGAGCGGUCCGUGGAGCACUGCGACCGCGGCGCGGGGCUGGCGGAGAGCGGGCUGUGGCCCCCCGAGUCGCGGCGAGCGGGCCGGGAGGCCGAGGAGGAGGCCAGGGCCGCGCGUGAGCGCGCGGAGCGCGCGGGCGUGCUGCCCGGGCUGGAGCCCGAGCUGCCGAACUUCGACGAGAGGCCGGAGCUCGACGACCCCGAGGCGGCGAUGGCCCGCCUGCUGGAUCUCGUGACGCACCUGAGGACGGUGCACCUGUACUGCCUCCACUGCGGCUGCCGGUACGACUCGCCGGACGACAUGGCCCGGAACUGCCCGGGGGUCACGGAGGAGGAGCACGAGGGCGCCGCGGCCGUGGGCAUGGUGACCUCCGAGGAGACGGCGCUGGCGCCCGUGGGGGAGGGCGGCGGCGAGGCGCCGGGCGGCGACCCGCUGGAGGCGUACAUGGCGGAGGUGGACGCGGCCCUCGAGCGGGAGGACUCCGCCCGCCGCAAGAGGCGUCGGAGAUGACGCGCGCCGCGGCGGGGCUCAGACGUGGCCUGCCCGGAGCCCCUCCGCCGCCACCUCCUCCCGCCCUCUCUCUGCGGGCGCCCCAGCCUGUCUCCUCCCGUCCUGCCCCGCCCCCUCCCCCGC